AAUUUCGUGCAAUUAUGAUAACGUGACCGUUUUCAAUCCUACAAUAUAACAAAACUAGUCCUAUAUCAUAUACUCAUUGAUCAUAAACAGCAAUGUAAGACCCCUAAACAUCCAACCACCCAGCUGAAGGGGGCUUUAAAAUUGAGACAAGGGAAGGGGGUGAAGGGGUUUCUCUCGCCUCAAAUGCAAGAAGCGGCAGGGUUGGGUAUCAUGGGUAGUGGUGGUGACGUCUCAGAUGAGCAGAACCACCAUAUGAAGGCGGAGAUAGCCGCACACCCACUAUACGAGCAGCUCCUCGCCGCCCACGUGUCGUGUCUCCGCGUCGCGACUCCGAUCGAUCAGUUGCCGCUUAUUGACGCCCAAUUAGCCCAGUCUCACCACAUAUUUAGAUCUUAUGCUUCUUCACACCAUGACCACUCUCUCCCCCCACAUGAAAGGCAAGACCUUGACAACUUCUUGUCACAGUACUAUGUAGUCUUGUGUAGUUUUAAAGAACAGCUGCAACAACAUGUCAGCGUUCAUGCCGUUGAAGCCGUCAUGGCCUGCCGGGAAAUAGAGAACACUUUACAUGCCCUCUCAGGGGCAAGUCUAGGUGAAGGUAGUGGUGCAACAAUGUCGGAUGAUGAGGAUGACCUGCAAAUGGACUUGUCUUUAGAUCAAUCUACAGGUGUUGAUGGCCAUGACAUGAUGGGAUCCUUCGGUCCGCUCAUUCCAACUGAAUCCGAAAGGUCCCUGAUGGAGAGGGUUCGCCAUGAACUCAAGAUCGAACUCAAGCAGGGAUUCAAAUCAAGAAUUGAAGAUGUGAGGGAGGAGAUAUUGAGGAAAAGAAGGGCUGGUAAACUACCUGGUGACACCACUACUGUCCUCAAAAACUGGUGGCAGGAGCACUCAAAGUGGCCAUACCCGACUGAGGAUGACAAGGCAAAGCUGGUGGAGGAGACAGGGUUGCAGCUAAAGCAAAUCAACAACUGGUUCAUCAACCAAAGGAAGCGAAAUUGGCACAGCACCUCCCAAUCCGUCACAUCUUUAAAGUCCAAGCGCAAAAGGUAGCUACAGAUGAAUAUAUAUAAAGGAAUUCUCUAGUGCGGAGUUAAAAAUAAGCACUUAAAAUGCAGAUGAAUUAAUGUUUUAUUAUAAACCAAUGGGUUUUACUUGUCAUUUCACUCUAAAAAAAAUGGUCCGCAUUAGAAAAUUCUUUUAUAUAUAUGGAAAGACAUGGAUGGAGAAGAGAAGCCUAAUUAGUAUUUGAGUUGAUAUGGUAGCAUUUUAUGAGACAUCGUGGGAUAUAAAGAUAGUGUAAGUGAGUGAGUGAUAGCUAACACCCCUUUUACAGAAUUAUAAUGUAACAUAAUGUCCAAUGUGUAGUUAGAAUUUGUAGAAUAUUCAUGUCCUUAACAGAGUAAUGAUACACCAAUUAUCAUCCUCCCUC